AUGGCGGCCAAAUAUCCUGCUGAUAAUAAUUUCGCAAGCAAUGUGAAUCAUCGGUAUUUGAUGAGUGUAAAAGAUGAGCCUAAACAAGAGCUGAAGCCAAUUGCCGGAUACGAAAACGUAUCGUUGAUGUCUCUUGAAGAAGCUGUUAAACCUGUGGUUGAUCUUCUUGAUGAUGAACUGGCUCAGAAUAUUCGUAUUGCCAAACGAAACUCCAGGAAUCCAGCUGACAAUCUGUCGUCGGAUGAAGCAGCUGCUAUUCACCUGUACACAAUGGAAUGGGAACAGAGCGGACAUUCACUUUACUCACAGCUUAAUCGAUCACUCCGCAUCCCGGAUAGGCGAAAACUGCAGCCGUGGUUUCCCUUCCUCAAAUUAUUCAUCACCGCUCUGUGGAAGUUACCGUCGACCAAACAAGUUCUAUGGCGUGGCGUCAAAGAAGACUUAAGCCGUAAUUUUGAAGUCGGAGAGGAAUAUACGUGGUGGGCAAUCUCAUCAUGUACUCGAGCACUCAACGUUCUUGAAUCUCCUCAAUAUUUGGGAAAUAGUGGCACACGUACUCUGUUUAACAUCGAAUGUUACAAUGGCAAAAUGAUUCGCCAACAUUCGUACUUCCAGGAAGAAGAUGAAAUUCUCCUCCUACCCGGCUUUUACUUCGUCGUGCUUGGUAACCUGAGUCCGGCACCUGGCCUUCACAUAAUUCAGUUACAGGAAAAGCAGCCUCCGCACUGUCUUCUAGCACCACUGUUCGUUAAAUUGCUUGAGCCAAUAUUGCCUGAGCCUAAAGAAGGCAAAACCAAACAAGCGAUACCAUCGAAUAGGUGGAGUACAGCCGGUAACAUGUCAUCAGCCCGCAGUUGCCACAGUGCAACUUUAUUAUCAUGUGGCAAAGUACUAGUAACAGGUGGUGAUGAUUCAUCGAAUAGGUUGUCUAGUUGCGAACUCUACGAUCCAACAUCGAAUAGGUGGAGUACAGCCGGUAACAUGUCAUCAGGCCGUUACAAGCACAGUGCAACUUUAUUAUCAUGUGGCAAAGUACUAGUAACAGGUGGUUCUUAUGAAUAUCCUAAAAGCUUGUCUAGUUGCGAACUCUACGAUCCAACAUCGAAUAGGUGGAGUACAGCCGGUAACAUGUCAUCAGCCCGCGCAGCGCAGACUGCAACUUUACUAUCAUGUGGAAAAGUACUAGUAACAGGUGGUUAUGAUUCAUCCCAUAGCUUGUCUAGUUGCGAACUGUACGAUCCAACAUCGAAUAGGUGGAGUACAGCCGGUAACAUGUCAUCAGCCCGCAGUUGCCACAGUGCAACUUUAUUAUCAUGUGGAAAAGUACUAGUAACAGGUGGUUAUGAUUCAUCCCAUAGCUUGUCUAGUUGCGAACUGUAUGAGUAG